AUGGACAUGGACGUGGACGUGGACGUGGACGUGGACGUGGACGUGGACUUGGACGUGGACAUGGACGUGGACGUGGACGUGGACGUGGUCGUGGACGUGGACGUGGACAUAGACGUGGACGUGGACGUGGACGUGAACAUGGACGUGGACGUGGACGUGGACGUGGACGUGGUCGUGGACGUGGUCGUGGACGUGGACGUGGACGUGGACGUGGACGUGGACGUGGACGUGGACGUGGAGGACUUGGACAUGGACAUGGACGUGGACAUGGACGUGGACGUAGACAUGGACGUGGACGUGGACGUGGACAUGGACGUGGACCUGGACGUGGACGUGGACGUGGACGUGGACGUGGACAUGGACGUGGACGUGGACGUGGACGUGGACAUGGACGUGGACGUGGUCGUGGACGUGGACGUUGACAUGGACAUGGACGUGGACGUGGACGUGGACGUGGACGUGGACGUGGACAUGGACGUGGACGUGGACGUGGACGUGGUCGUGGACGUGGAGGACUUGGACGUGGACGUGGACGUGGACUUGGUCGUGGUCGUGGACGUGGACGUGGACGUGGUCGUGGUCGUGGACGUGGUCGUAGACGUGGACGUGGUCGUCCACGACGUGGACUUGGACGUGGACAUGGACGUGGACGUGGACCUGGACGUGGUCGUGGACGUGGACGUGGACAUGGUCGUGGACGUGGACGUGGACGUGGACGUGGACGUGGACGUUGACGUGGACGUGGACGUGGACGCGGACGUGGACGUGGACGUGGACGUGGACGUGGACGUGGACGCGGACGUGAACGUGGACGCGGACGGACGUGGACGUGGACGUGGACGUGGACGUGGACGUGGACACGUGGACGUGGACGUGGACGUGGACGUAGACAUGGACGUGGACGUGGACAUGGACGUGGACGUGGACGUGGACAUGGACGUGGACGUGGACAUGGACGUGGACGUGGACGUGGACAUGGACGUGGACGUGGACGUGGACGUGGACGUGGAGGUGGACAUGGACGUGGACAUGGACGUGGACGUGGACGUGGACGUGGACGUGGACGUGGACGUGGAGGUGGACGUGGACGUGGACAUGGUCGUGGACGUGGACGUGGACAUGGACGUGGACAUGGACGUGGACAUGGACGUGGACAUGGACGUGGACGUGGACGUGGACGUGGACGUGGACGUGGACGUGGACGUGGACGUGGACGUGGACGUUGACGUGGACGUGGACGUGGACGUGGACGUGGACGUGGACGUGGACGUGGACGUGGACGUGGACCUGGUCGUGGACGUGGACCUGGUCGUGGACGUGGACGUGGACGUGGACGUGGAAGUGGACGUGGACGUGGACGUGGUCGUGGACGUGGACGUGGACGUGGACGUGGACGUGGACGUGGACGUGGGCAUGGACGUGGACGUGGACGUGGACGUGGUCAUGGACGUGGAGGACUUGUACGUGGACGUGGACGUGGUCGUGGACGUGGACGUGGACGUGGUCGUGGUUGUGGACGUGGACGUAGACGUGGACGUGGUCGUCCACGACGUGGACGUAGACGUGGACGUGGACGGAGACGUGGACGUGGUCGUCCACGACGUGGACGGGGACGUGGACGUGGACGUGGACGUGGACGUGGUCGUGGUCGUGGACGUGGACGUAGACGUGGACGUGGUCGUCCACGACGUGGACGUAGACGUGGACGUGGACGGAGACGUGGACGUGGUCGUCCACGACGUGGACGUGGACGUGGACGCGGACGUGGACGCGGACGUGGACGCGGACGUGGACGCGGACGUGGACGCGGACGUGGACGCGGACGUGGACGCGGACGUGGACGCGGACGUGGACGCGGACGUGGACGCGGACGUGGACGCGGACGUGGACGCGGACGUGGACGCGGACGUGGACGCGGACGUGGACGCGGACGUGGACGCGGACGUGGACGCGGACGUGGACGCGGACGUGGACGCGGACGUGGACGCGGACGUGGACGCGGACGUGGACGCGGACGUGGACGUGGACGUGGACGUGGACGUCGACGUGGUCGUGGACGUGGUCGUGGACGUGGACCUGGACGUGGACCUGGACGUGGACGUGGACCUGGACGUGGACGUGGUCCUGGAUGUGGACGUGGUCGUGGACGUGGACGUGGUCGUGGCCGUGGACGUGGUCGUGGACGUGGACGUGGUCGUGGACGUGGACGUGGUCGUGGACGUGGAUGUGGACGUGGACCUGGACGUGGACGUGGACGUGGACGUGGACGUGGACGUGGACGUGGACGUGGACGUGGACGUGGACGACGUGGACGUGGACGUGGACGACGUGGACGUGGACGUGGACGUGGACGUGGACGUGGACGACGUGGACGUGGACGUGGACGUGGACGUGGACAUGGACGUGGACGUGGAUGUGGAGGUGGACGUGGAGGUGGACGUGGACGUGGACGUGGACGUGGAGGUGGACGUGGACGUGGACGUGGACGUGGACGUUGACCUGGACGUGGACGUGGACGUGGACGUGGACGUGGACAUGGACGUGGACGUGGACGUGGAGGACUUGGACGUGGACAUGGACGUGGACGUGGACGUGGACGUGGACAUGGACUUGGACGUGGACGUGGACAUGGACGUGGACGUGGACAUGGACAUAGACGUGGACGUGGACAUGGAGGCCUUGGACGUGGACAUGGACGUGGACGUGGACGUGGACAUGAACGUGGACGUGGACAUGGACGUGGACAUGGACGUGGAUGUGGACGUGGACGUGGACCUGGACGUGGAUGUGGACGUGGACGUGGACGUGGACGUGGACAUGGACGUGGAUGUGGACGUGGACAUGGACGUGGACAUGGACGUGGACGUGGACGUGGACGUAGACAUGGACGUGGACGUGGACAUGGACGUGGACGUGGACGUGGACAUGGACGUGGACGUGGACGUGGACGUGGACGUGGACGUGGAGGUGGACAUGGACGUGGACGUGGACAUGGACGUGGACGUGGACGUGGACGUGGACGUGGACGUGGAGGUGGACAUGGACGUGGACAUGGUCGUGGACGUGGACGUGGACAUGGACGUGGACAUGGACGUGGACGUGGACGUGGACGUGGACGUGGACGUGGACGUGGACGUGGACGUGGACGUGGACGUGGACGUGGACGUGGACGUGGACGUGGACGUGGACGUGGACCUGGUCGUGGACGUGGACCUGGUCGUGGACGUGGACGUGGACGUGGACGUGGACGUGGACGUGGACGUUGACGUGGACGUGGACGUGGACGUGGACGUAGUCGUAGACGUGGACAUGGACGUGGACAUGGACGUGGACGUGGACGUGGACGUGGACGUGGUCGUGGACAUGGACCUGGACGUGGACGUGGACGUGGACGACUUGGACGUGGACAUGGACGUGGACGUGGACGUGGUCAUGGACGUGGACGUGGACGUGGACGUGGUCCUGGUCGUGGACGUGGUCGUAGACGUGGACGUGGCCGUCCACGACGUGGACUUGCACGUGGACGUGGACGUGGACGUGGACGUGGUCGUGGACGUGGACGUCGACAUGGACGUGGUCGUGGUCGUGGACGUAGACGUGGUCGUGGAUGUGGACGUGGACGUGGACGCGGAGGACGUGGACGUGGACGCGGAGGACGUGGACGUGGACGUGGACAUGGACGUGGACGUGGACGUGGACGUGGACAUGGACGUGGACGUGGACGUGGACGUGGACGUGGACGAGGACAUGGACGUGGACGUGGACGUGGACGUGGACGUGGACGUGGACGUGGACAUGGUCGUGGACGUGGACGUGGACGUGGACAUGGACGUGGAGGUGGACGUGGUCGUGGACGUGGACGUGGACGUGGACGUGGACGUGGACGUGGACGUGGUCGUGGACGUGGACGUGGACCUGGACGUGGAUGUGGACGUGGACGUGGACGUGGACGUGGACGUGGACGUGGACCUGGACGUGGUCGUGGACGUGGACGUGGACGUGGACGUGGACGUGGACCUGGACGUGGUCGUGGACGUGGACGUGGACGUGGACGUGGACGUGGACCUGGACGUGGACGUGGACGUGGACGUGGACGUGGACGUGGACGUGGACGUGGACGUGGAUAUGGACGUGGACGUGGACGUGGACAUGGACAUGGACUUGGACGUGAAUAUGGACGUGGUCGUGGAUGUGGACGUGGACGUGGACGCGGAGGACGUGGACGUGGACACGGAGGACGUGGACGUGGACGCGGUGGACGUGGAUGUGGACGUGGACAUGGUCGUGGACGUGGACGUGGAAAUGGACGUGGACGUGGACGUGGACGUGGACGUGGACAUGGACGUGGACGUGGACGUGGACAUGGUCGUGGACGUGGACGUGGACGUGGACAUGGACAUGGACGUGGUCGUGGACAUGGACGUGGACGUGGUCGUGGACGUGGACGUGGAUGUGGACGUGGACGUGGACCUGGACGUGGACGUGGACGUGGACGUGGAUGUGGACGUGGACGUGGACCUGGACGUGGUCGUAGACGUGGACGUGGACAUGGACGUGGACGUGGACGUGGACGUGGACGUGGUCGUGGACGUGGACCUGGACGUGGACAUGGACGUGGACGUGGACGUGGUCGUGGACGUGGACCUGGACGUGGACGUGGACGUGGACGUGGACCUGGACGUGGACGUGGUCGUGGACGUGGACCUGGACGUGGACGUGGACGUGGACGUGGAACUGGACGUGGUCGUGGACGUGGACGUGGACGUGGACGUGGACGUGGACGUGGACGUGGACGUGGACGUGGACGUGGACGUGGAUAUGGACGUGGACGUGGACGUGGACAUGGACGUGGACAUGGACGUGGACGUGGACGUGGACGUGGACGUAGACGUGGACGUGAAUAUGGACGUGGACGUGGAUGUGGACGUGGACAGGGACGUGGACCUGGACGUGGACGUGGACGUGGUCAUGGACGUGGACAUGGACGUGGACGUGGACGUGGACAGGGACGUGGACACGGACGUGGACAUGGACGUGGACACGGACGUGGACACGGACGUGGACAUGGUUGGGACGUGGACGUGA